AAGUGAGAGCUCCCAUGUUGACAUGAUAGGAGGCAUGAUAGCGGUGACUGCACGGAGAGCUGUGCCCUGGGGGCUGGGGGCAGGCUGGACACCCGGGCUGGUGCUGCGCCAGAUUAGCUCCUUACCCAGUUACACAUUCCCUAAAGAAGUAAAAAUUGUUGAAGUUGGACCAAGGGAUGGACUACAAAAUGAAAAGGCAAUUGUACCUACUGAAGUAAAAAUUAAUCUAAUCAACAUGUUAUCAGAAGCAGGACUGCAAUCCAUAGAGGCCACUAGCUUUGUGUCUCCCAAGUGGGUACCUCAGAUGUCAGACCAUGCAAACGUGAUGCAUGGCAUUAAGAGGUUUCCAAAUGUUAGCUACCCGGUCCUGACUCCAAAUCUCACAGGAUUUCAAUCUGCGGUGCAGUGUGGUGCUAAAGAAGUGGCCAUUUUUGGAGCAGCUUCUGAGUUGUUCAGUAAGAAGAAUAUUAAUUGUUCAAUCGAGGAAAGUUUGCAGAGAUUCGAAGCAGUCACAGCCGCAGCAAAAGAAGCAAACAUCCCUGUACGAGGGUAUGUUUCUUGUGUUCUUGGGUGUCCGUAUGAAGGGAAAGUGCAUCCCAGUAAAGUGGCUGAGGUGGCACACAAGAUGUUUUCUAUGGGCUGCUAUGAGAUCUCCCUGGGUGACACAAUCGGAGUGGGGACUCCGGGCAGCAUGCGGGACAUGCUGUGUGCCGUACUUGAUGUGAUUCCAGCUCGUGCUGUUGCUGUUCACUGCCAUGACACUUAUGGUCAGGCGUUAGCAAACAUCUUAGUGGCUCUGCAGAUGGGUGUGCAAGUGGUGGAUUCCUCUAUAGCAGGUCUUGGAGGAUGUCCGUAUGCCCAAGGAGCUUCUGGGAACGUGGCCACAGAAGAUGUUGUUUAUAUGCUUCAUGGACUUGGUAUUCACACAGGUGUUGACCUGAAGAAAUUGACAGAAGCAGGAGCUUAUAUCUGCAGAGCUUUGGAAAGGAAGAGCAACUCCAAAGUAUCCCAGGCAAUGUGCAGACUUUGAAGAACGAGACAUUUGAAGCUCUUUGUUAGAAACUAAUUUUAUUCUCAGGGGAAUAGAAUAAAAACUACAAACAAGAAGCACUAUGUAAAUUUACAAAAACUUAACUUCUCUGAUCUACUUAAUUUCAUUUUCACAUUUUAUAGAGCAACUGAUUAGGAGCUACCUUCUGAAAUAACAAAGCCAUGGAGUGUAGCUGCAGAAGAACAAUAAUUAACAAUAUGGGGUUGACUCCAAGCACGGGUUUCUAUUGAUCAUUGUUCUUGGGAGUUUGUAUGUGCGUUUUAGUUUGACCAUGUCAAUAAAGGUUACUCUAGCCACAAAAGAGAGUUUUUACUGAAGUGAGCACUGUCCAGAAUUCAAGGUGAAUUUCAUAGUCAAGACCUAAAUAGCUAUACUUCCACUUAGUAAAUAUCCCUGAGUAUUUUACUAAAAUACUGUAAAUUGGUUGGAGUAACAGAUUAAGAAUUCUUCUGUGUGAAGAUACAGGGUUCUAUGUGGACACAAAUAUGUUUUCGGUGUAUGUAUUCUUUAGUGUUGUCAAGACCUAUACGCAAUAUAACUGUAAUGCUUAUUAAAUAAACUAUUUUAAACAAA